AUGUCCUCAUCUAAGUCGAGCCCGUCCAGCCACACCAUCCAGCCGGGGUCAGACGGCGGGUCUUCAGUGGUACUGGGUAAGGGUGAGUCCUCGUUAGCCGCCCACUCGGCGUUUGCCAGCGACUUCAUGCAACGCGUUGCAAGUUCCAAUCCCAUCCAAUGCUCCGGGCCGGAGAUGAGAGACACCCUCGAUGCACUCUCCAGCGUUGUCGCCACCCUGAGAGAGCAGACAGUUGCCAAUGAGAUGGCAUACCCUCACGCACGGCCGAUUCAGCGCCCCGGCCCGUCAGGGUACGGGUUGCCCCCCAUCCAAAAAGCCGUCGAGAUGAUUCGCAUCGCAAAAACUGGAGCCGGCUUCAUCUACGAGUUCAUAUUGGCGCGCAACUUCUCGGAUAUAUGCCUCCAGGUCUACUUCUCUGACAACUUUUCCGAGAUGGAAUUCAUUAUCGUCAACGCGGGCCUCCAUUCCCUCUUUGAAGACUACAGCCAUCACGUGCCCGUCGAAGAAAAGGCAGUGUAUCGAGACCAUGCCCGGAUGUGUCGUGCGAAUCUUGAGACUGCACUUUCUAGUUUACCUCUGCAUCUUCCAACAACGACAGACGCCGUCACAGCUCUGCUCUUCGGUGCUUGGCAUGCGAUUGAGCUGUCAAAACCCUACCUCUCCUGGGCACUAUCGGCUAAGGCAUCAGAGCUUUGCCAGACGCUAAGCUAUCACAGGAUACCCGAUACAGACAACAGUGACGAUGCCAAGUUCAGGAGAUUUUUGUUCUGGACGAACUACUUCCUUGACAAAUGCCUGUCUCUUCGCCUCGGUCGAGCUUGA